GGCAGGAACGGAAAGCCAACCUCCUGCCUCUCCGCCUUUCUCCGCAUCUUCAUCCGCAGCAUCCUCCUCUCGUCUCACCACCAUGGCCAGCACCGUAUCAGCCUACAAAGAGAAAAUGAAGGAGCUGUCCCUCCUCUCGUUGAUUUGUUCCUGUUUCCACACCCAGCCACACCCAAACACUAUCUACCAGUAUGGAGAUAUGGAGGUCAAGCAGCUGGACAAGAGGGCUUCGGGCCAGAGCUUUGAAGUGAUCCUGAAGUCCCCUUCUGACCUUUCCCCGGAGAGCCCGGUCCUCUCCUCUCCCCCCAAGAAGAGGGACCUGUCCCUGGAAGAUCUGCAGAGGCGGCUGGAGGCUGCAGAGGAGAGGAGGAAGACCCAGGAGGCUCAAGUCUUGAAGCAGCUGGCUGAGAAGCGAGAGCAUGAGAGGGAAGUGCUUCACAAGGCCCUGGAGGAGAACAACAACUUCAGCCGGCUGGCUGAGGAGAAACUGAACUACAAGAUGGAGCUGAGCAAGGAGAUCCGUGAGGCUCAUCUAGCUGCCUUGAGGGAGCGACUCCGUGAGAAGGAACUGCAUGCAGCUGAGGUGCGCAGAAACAAGGAGCAGCGGGAAGAGAUUUCUGGAUAAGGGCUUUUCUACACAACUCGCACCUGCUUCCUAAUAACAAACAAAUCCCAACGUUUUUGUUUUGUCUAGACGAGGCAAUGUCUGAUUUCUCCAUUUCCGUUUCC